AUGUCAGUUCACCAAUCUUCAAAUGAAAUUUUAAUGGUACAAAACACGCAUUUCGAAUUGAAUGUACAAACUAUAAAUGAUAAUUUCUUUCAAACCGUACCAAAAGACCCAACUGAAGUACCAAAGAUUGCAUUGGAAGAAUUCAAUAGUUAUUAUAAUGCAUUGGUUGAGAAAGGUGUAAAAGUAACACUUUUCAAACCAGAGGAUAACUUGGAUACACCGGAUUGCAUUUUCCCAAACAAUUGGUUUUCAACACAUCAACCAUCGGAAUCAAAGAAUGGCAGUGACAACACAUUGGUUCUCUAUCCAAUGUUGCAUUUGAAUCGUCGUCUCGAGAGACGUGAGAACAUCAUCAGAUUCUUGAUGUCGAGAAAGGACAAUGUAAAGUUGAUCGAUCUCUCAUUGUCAGAGGCCGACAAUAUCUUCUUGGAGGGUACCGGAUCGUUGGUCAUCGAUCGUGUCAACAAGGUCGCCUACAUGUGCGUAUCACAGCGUAGUCACAAGCCAUUGGCUAUGGAGUGGGCCGAAGAGUUGGGAUACAAGCUGAUCACUUUCACCGCCACCGACUCGAUCGGUAAGAUCAUCUAUCACACCAACGUAAUGAUGGCAAUCUGUUCGGGUGUCGCCAUUUGUUGUAUCGAUACAGUUGAGGAUGCUGUUGAAAAACAAGAAUUAAUUCAAGCAUUAUCUAAACAUCAUAAAUUGAUUACUAUUAACAAGAAACAAGUUGAAGCAUUCUGUGGAAACGUUAUUGAAGUAAGAGGAUCCGAAGAUAAAAAGUAUUUGGUCGCUUCGCAGACUGCCUACGAUGCAUUCACCGAAGAACAAAGAACAGUCAUUCUUCAACAUGUCGAUGGCUUCAUCUCAAAGCCAAUUCCAACCAUUCAAACCGUUGGUGGUGGUGGUAUCAGAUGUAUGAUUGCUGAAUUGUUUUAA